UUACUGGUUUCUUUAACUGGUUUGUUUAACUGGUUUUACUGGUUUCUAUAACUGGUUUAACUGGUUUCUGUAACUGGUUUCUCUAACAGUUUUUUACUGUUUCUUUAACUGGUUUGACUGGUUUCUUUAGCUGUUUCUAAAACUGUUUUCUUUAGUGUACGUGGUUUCUUUAACUGGUUUUACCGGUUUCAGUUGUUCUGAUGCUUCUGUUUUAUUUAUUAGAUUUCUGUAGUUUCUCUGGUUUGUUGCAGCGCCUCAGUGUGUUGUUGUGUGUUGUUGUUGUUGUGCUGUAUUGUUGUUGUUGUUGUGUGUUGGUGGACCCCCCUCACCUCCUCACCCCUGCCUCACCCCGGGUGGGGGAGGGUUUUGGAGGCAGACAGUCCGGUCUGCUCCCACGCCUCAUUAGCAUAUUUAAUUAACCUGCUGACGGCUGAAUGAGGGGGGGCUGGUGGGUAAAGGGGGGGAGGCAGUGUGUGAAAAUACCCUCCAACACACACCCCUGUUACCCCGCCCCCUCCUCCUCCGGUUGCCUUGGUUACAGCCUGAUGCUCUUUGUUUUAGGCCUCUGAAGCGAACAGACGGCUGAAAAAGCGGCAGAUAAAAGAAGAACUCUGCUUCUGUGGGAAGAAAGUUAGAGUUUCUGAACUUUAACGGACUUAAUCUGUUUGGAAAAACCUCAGAAGUGAACGUUUUUCUGAUUCCACUGGUUAAUUUAGAGACUAGAGAUGUGACCUGGUGAACGUCUUAAACUGAUUAAAGUUCAUCUGUGAGGAUUCAGUUCGAACUGAGGCUGAAGCAGGAUCAAAAACAUGAAUAAAAACCUCCUAAAGAGGGAUAAAAACAAUGAGAAACACUUUAAAGAUUGAAACCUGCAAACAGGAUGUCAGCAGCUAAUAAAUAAAAACUCUGGAAUUCGCUGCUUUCACCAAAUGUCUAAAACUGGAGGUUUAAUUUAACACACAUCCAGAUUCUGCUUUUAUUAGCUCCUUCUCUCUUCAUAUUCAGCCAUUUAAUUUUAUUAAUACUCAGUGAUCUUUGGGGAACAUCGAGUCCAAAUAAAAAAGGGAAAAUAGCAGAACGACCAGAAUAAAGAGAGAUGCUGAUUUAAAAAGAGAAGAAAAGUCAUAAAAUCUGCAGUAAGAUGAAAAAUAAAAAUGUAAACAGAGUAACAUGAGAAAACCCUGAAACUAACAUCAAUAUUUCAUAAAUUAAGUGAAUUCUAAAAUCAAACAAUUACAAAAUAAAAGAUAAUUAAAAAUAGAAAACGUUCAUGAACUAAUUUCUAAAAUCAUCCAAACAUUUAAAGGAGCCGCUGGAUUUAAAGACAACGGAAAUUUUAAAACAAGUUUUCAAAGAUUGAACUUAAAUCCAUCUGAACGUCGUAUUAGUCUAUUUAGCAGAAACCUGAUUUGAAAUCUCUAGUACAAUAAUAAGAAUAAGAAUAAGAAUGGUAAUAUUAAUAAUAAUAAUAAUAAUAUAGUAAUAAUAAUAAUAAUAAUAAUAAUAAUGCUUGUGUUUUUACGUCGUUCCAUCAGAUUUAAAUGUUUAAAUCUUAAUAUUUAAAAGUUCCUUCCUGAUGUUAAAUGUGAGCCUCUGAACCUCCUGCAGCUCCGUCUGACUAAAACCAAUCAGGCGCCUCCUCCGGGUCUCGGUCCGGUUCUGACUCAUGGCCCAGCUGCAGGGGCAUGAUGGGUAAUAUUUCUUCCACUGCAGCGCGGCCGAUCGAUGUCUCUAAAGCCGCUAAAUCAUCCGCAGCAGAGAGCAUGCUGGGAGGUCUGAGGCAGGAGGAACUUUUCCCAGAAUCCUCCGAGCCGACCGACAGAAAUAAAACGAAACUCUGAGAGAAACAGGUUGAACCGAAAUAAACAGUAGAGAAAAGUGGAAGCAGCCACCACUGAGGGCGAGGAGGGAAAAUACGCUCUGAAAAGUUCACAUUAAAGGAAUUAUCUUUUUACUAAUCAUCAUGAACAACCUGAAAUUAAUGAAGAAAAAUAAAUUCAAUUUCACCAACAUUCAUCCUCAGUUUAUCAUUUCCACAUUACAACUUCCAGAACACAGAGUAUCGACAAAGGAACACAACAUUUAGUCAUCUGGAACUGAACCAUAGAGGAAAAAACAAAAAAAACAAGACAAAAUAUUACAAAAAUGAGACACCAAAUGACAAAAGCGAGAAACAAAAUGACAAAAAAUGAGAUAAACGACACAAAGAAAAAACAAAGUUAGACAAAAAAGCUAAAAAACAACAAAAAAUGGACAAAUGACAAAAACAAUACACAAAACAAAAUUAAAUGAAACGUAUGACAAAAAUAAGACAAAAAACACAAGUGAGACAAAAAGGAAACACAAAAUGACAAAAACGAGAAACAAAACAACAAAGACGUGAAACAAGCAACAAAAAAGACAAAAACUACAAAAACAAGACAAAAUACGACAGAAAAUGAGACACAAAAUGACAAAAACGAGAAACAAAACAACAAAAAAUUAGGCAACUGACACGAAACAAAAGAGACAAAAAAUCAAACAAAAGUUAAAGCGACAAAAAAUGACAAAAUAUCACAAAAUGACAAUAAAAUAGACAACACGAGUGAGAAAAAAGGAAACGACAAAAACACGAGACAAGCAACAAGUCAGGCAAAAAAAACAAGAAAAAAUAUUACAAAAAUGAGACACAAAACAGCAAAUGUGAGACACAAAAACAACAAAACAUGAGACAACACGAAACAAAACAAAAAAGACAAAAAGGUCAAAAGUGAGAAACAAAACGAUAACAGUCAGACACAAAAAGACAAAAACAACAAAAAGAAGACAAAAUAUUACAAAAACGAGGAACAAAACGACAAAAAUGAGACAAAUGACACGUAACAAAACAAAAAUGAGACAAAACAUGAGACAAAAAAAUUAAAGCGACACAGAAAUAGACAAAAACGAGACAAGAAAUUACACAAAUGACACAAACGAGGCAAAAAAAUGACAAAAGCAAGAAACAAAAUGACAAAAGUCAGACAUAAAAAGACAAACAACAAAAGCAAGACCAAAUAUUCCAAAAAUGAGACACAAAACGACAAAAAAUGAGACAAGUGACAAGAAACAAAACAAUCACCUCAAUCUGAUGACUCAUCAGAUCAGAUCCUCCAAUCACUGAACUCCUACCGGUCGCUGCUUCUGAGCGCGUGCAGAAGAAUGAAUGAAUGAAUGAAUGAAUGAAUGUUGAACACCUGUGGCUUACACAUCAAUACACACACACACACACACACACACACACACACACACACACACACACACACACACUGUGUCACGUUCAUCAGUGUGUUGCAGCUUAAAUCAGCAGCAGCUUCACUAACUAUGAUUAAUGUUGUUGUUUUUGAUGUUGUUGUUUUUGAUGAUGUUGUUGUUUUUGAUGAUGAUGAAGGUGCAGCAUCAGGUGUGACUGUAGAGCUGUGAGGUCAUGUGAUGAUGUGAACACAGUAUAAAGGUCUUUAAACUGAGGAAACUGUUGGUGUUAAAAACUCCCAGCUGCCAGUGAACUCACCGUCUGUGUGUGUGUGUGUGUGUGUGUGUGUGUGUGUGUGUGUGUGUAACAUGUUGCUCAGCACAUGUAUGUCCAUGUAUGUUGUUGGACUCAUUAUCAUGUUUAUCUGCUUUCCCUACAGAAACCGGCCAAUCAGAGAGCCCGAACCAGGCCAGCGAAUCAGAUAUCAAGGAGCAGCCAGAGAACGGUCACCUGGGCUUCCAGGACAGCUUCGUCACACCUGGAGUCUUCACGGUGGCCGAACUCGUACGAGUCUCUCAGACUCCCAUCGCAGCCGGCACCGGUCCAAACUUCUCUCUGGCCGACCUGGACAGCUCCUCCUACUACAGCAUGAGUCCAGGAGCCAUGAGGAGACCACUGCCCAGCACCUCCUCCUCCAGCUCUGCCAAGAGGAUAAAGUGCAUGGAGGAGGACGUGGACAGUCCCGGGGAGGAGUCCUACUACCCCAGCCAGGGCCGGUCUCCAGGCAGCGGCAGCCAGGCCAGCAGCUGGCACGACGUGGAGCCAGCUGGAUAUAAGCUGCGUGGCUCUCUAGCUAGCUCGUUCAUCUCCCGACAAGGGCUGCCGGCUCUGAAGAAGUCAGAGAAGUCCGGUUUCUGCGGCGCCGCCUCCACUUCCUCCUCCACUUCCUCCUCCUCACACCACCACCGGCCCGUCAUUACUGGGCCUCGAGCCAGCCCCCACGCCCCCCCCUCCAGCCUCCACUUCUCCUCCUCCCCCAUCCUGCAGCAGCCCGGCUCCUACUUCUCCCACCCGGCCAUCAGGUACCACCCCCAGGAGACGCUCAAGGAGUUCGUCCAGCUGGUCUGUCCUGACUCCGCCCAGCAGGCCGGACAGGUGGGCUUCCUCAACCCAAAUGGUAGCUCCCAGGGAAAGGUGCACAACCCCUUCCUGCCGACGCCCAUGCUGCCUCCCCCUCCGCCGCCCCCGAUGGCGCGUCCCGUCCCGCUGCCCGUCGACGCCAAGCCGCCCUCCACCUCCUCCACCGAGGGGGGAGGAAACUCACCCACCUCACCCACCUACUCCACCCCGACCACGUCUCCAGCCCAGCGGUUCGUCAGUGUCGGACCCAGAGAUCCCGGCUUUAACAUCCCUCAGCAACCACAGUGGUACCUGGGAUAAGGACUCCAGAGGCCCCGCCCCCUCCACCCACCUGUACGACAGAUCGCUGCAGUCUCCUCCUCCACCUUUGACGCCAGCUGUGUCAGAAAGCCCCUCCCCUCUCUGCGCCUGACUCCGCCCCCACCAGCGCCAUACACAGACUCAGCAGCAUCAGCAUGGCUACAGGCCCCGCCCCCGGUGUUAAACACCUGCUCUGUAAACUCUAGACUUCCUGUAGACAUAUGACUCAUACGUCAGUGUCCAUAUAUAGUGCCAGACCCCGCCCCCCCUCCUGAUCCAGACCAGGCUGACCCGUAGGGGCGCCUGGCCUUCAGCAAGACUCAAUCACAGAGCUUCCCCUCUGGAGGAACUACAUAUUCCCAUCAUCCUUUGCAGUGUGAAUCCAGUGGACUUGCAGUGGUACGACCCCCCGACUCCCACCAUCCGACCCCCCAUCCGACCCCCCAUCCCACUGGAUCCUGACCGCUUGGGUCGGUGGACCAGGAUGGGAUGUGGUUGGGGGUAGUGGAGUGUUAACUGAGGCAGAUACCACCAGCUAAUACCCCGACCCUCCACCACCACCACCAUCGGGGUUGGCUCCACCCCCCGCCGGCGGCAGGUCAGGAGGCUCUCUCCGAGGACAUGGACCAGUGCGUACCGGACAGAGCCGACCAGCCAGAGGUCUUCUGGGCACCGACAGUAAAACCAUGAACCUACAGGUGGAGGGCGACGGGCGGUCGGGUGGCGGUGGGGGGUUUACGCGGGGGUUCGGGGUUUGUUGAUGUGAAGUGUUGCGACCAGACGCUGGUGGAUCCGAGCUUGUUUCUGCGGGAGGCUUUGGCUUCAUGGCUCAUUGGUUUUUCUCUCUUAGCCGCCAUUUCAGCUCCUCCUCCUCCUCCUCCUCCAUCGCCGGUCUGAAGCUCCAGCAUGCGAACGGUGGCAGAAAACUCUGGUGUCCGAAUCGAGCAGGCAGACAGGAGAGAUGAGUGACUUCCAGUGGAAUAUUGAUCACGAGGAAAGUGCAAUUUUGUUGGCUAGCUGUUGGAUAAUUAAAUAUCUUUGUAAGAUAGCUCUUUGAAAACAGUUGUUGAAAAGUAUAUAUAAAUAUAUAUUUUUCUUCCUAGUCCGCUCACACCUCUGGGACUCUAAAAUACUGGGGUAAAAAAGACAACAACACAGCGUUGAACUAGAAACCACAGCCUUGUGAGAAAUAAGAGGAGCUGUACUCACUUUUAUUGUUUCGUAUUUGUUUGUUCAUCGUGUAAAGCUGUUAGCAUGGUAGAACCAGGAUCCCUUUAAGAAAUAUCAGUUGAAACAAUCAAUUUUUGAAAGCAUUACGUUGCAGCUAAAGUCUGCUUUUCAUUUUGUUUAAAACAAAAAAAGCGCUAAGCGAUUAAUUUAUUUUAAUCAUUUUACUUAAAAAAGCGAUUUGAGUUUCUCAUGAGGUAAAAUGAGGAGAAAAUUAGCGAGUGAAUUUAAAGCUAAUCGUGUUUUCUGCGGUUUCUGUUGGUGAGAUAAUCUUUAACGGGUGCCGCCCGCUAACGGGCUGCCCCAGGAUUGGCUGGGUCUCCUAGAGGUCCCGUCCAAUCAGAAGCACUUAUUCCUGCAGUUGGCCAAUAGGCCGUGAAUUUGUAAUCAGGGGGUGUGGUUUAGCGAUACAGAGGCAGAGCAGAGGGUAACUCUCUGGAAGCUUUCGUCCACAAAAAGCCGAGCGCUUCACAUGCAACUUACCAUUUUAUUGAACUUCAGUUUUGUUUUUCUUUUUCCUAUACUAUAUAUAUAUAUAAAUAUAUAUACACACACACACACCCACACACACUCUUACGACCAUCCAGCGUUGAACAAAAGUGAAUUUAAGUGAAAAAGCUAUAAAAAAGAACAAAAAAAAUCUGCAUGUUCUAGUGUUAGUGACAAAUUUUUCCAUAGAUGAUGUAGUUAGUAAGAUAAAGACACUAUAUUGUAAAACCCAACAUCAGGCACUUGCCAGCAGCCGUCUAUUAGUUUGGCCUGUCGAGGCCUUUUUCUAUCGCUGUCCUUCACAAACAACCAGCUCUCUUCGCUUCUCGGCAUCUCUCCAUUCUUUUUAAUUUCUCCUCCCUCCCUUCCUCCUUCCUUCCUCCUCCUGCAACAACAGAUCGAUUCUGCUUUUCAGUUCCAAGACGUUCUCUCUCAUCAAAUUGCACGAAAACAAUUGUUCCUCAUCGAUGUGCCUUGAGCUACGGUCCAGUCCUGACAGGUCGCCGCACAAGAUCCCAUGUGGAGAGUCGCGUUUGGUUGUUUCGUUUUUCCUGGUUUUCCUCCACACCUGAGAUUUUGUAGGAGCAAAAACGUCAAAGCUGAAGAGGAACGCUGUGAAUUAGUCGCUGGUAAACUCUCAGUAUUACGAGGUCUCCGGCUGCCGAGUCGAGUCCUCACAGGUGAAACCGACACCAGCUACCAUCAGGUCAUCGUCUCCCUGCUGACACCUGGAAGCCUGGAAACUUAGUCAAACGAGCACCGAGUCUGAACUUAUGCCAUGUUUAGUAAUCGGACACUUAAAUUAAUCCACAACGAAAAUCUCAGAGACAUAAAUAUUUUCAGCUGUAGGCAAUUUUAGCUAACGGGCAGCUAAUGGGGGUUCGUUCAGGUUUAAUAGGUUUUUAGUUUAGCUCUAAAAACAUGGUACAACAUCAGCGAAUAUCCAGUUUAGCAACUUGAAGUAUGUCUAAGGAUGUAUAGCGCCAAUCCUAAAGGUCAAAUAACUCAGUUUGACAGCUAUAUCUGUUUAGCUAACAACUAAUAACAGCUAAGUGAUGAAAACAUUGAAUCACAUGAAUCAGGUGAGCCUAUUAGCUGACAGAUGAUCAGAUUUGUUAGCUCUGAUUAGCAGCAAAACAUUUUGGCCCUAAUUAUCUAACAUUUGAAGAUAUUCACUAGUUCAUGAGUGGAGAAGUAGCAAAGACUCUUAAACGUUAGCUUAAUGGUAAGAUUAUCAACUAAAAACUUUGCAGUUACAUUAAUGUCAAAUUUAGCAGCUAAAACACUUUAGUAUUAGCAUGAUGUCAAGUUUAGCAGGUAAAAUACUUGAAAUUUAGCAGCUAAAUCAUUUCAGUCUUAGCUUAAUGUCAAGUCUUGUAGCUCACACUUUUUAAUGCUAGCUGAAAUGCUAGCAAAUUAGCAGCUAAAGCACUAAUUAAAGUUAGCCUGAUGCUGAAUUGAGAAGCUAAAAAACCUUUGAAAGUCUAGAAGCCACAACACAUCAACAUUAACUUAAACUUAGCAGCUAAAGCAGUUUGAUUGUGGUUAGCUGAAUGCUAAGUUGACAUUAAAACAUUUUCAUCAAGCCUACCUUAAUGCUACAUUUAUCAGCCAAGUUAGCUUAACGUUGAUAAGAGCAACUAAAAAACAAAGGUUAACGUAUCAUAACAAGCAUAGCUUAAUGUCAAAUGUAGCCGCUAUAGCACGUUGAAGUUAGCUGGUAAAAGACUUUGAGUUUCGCAGCUAAGAGAUAGUGAAGGUAACAAAGUUGAGUUUAGCAUCUAAAACACUUUAAUUUCAGUUUAAUGUCAAGAAUAGCAGCUGAAGCACUUUGAGUUUAGCAGCUAAGACACUUUAGUAUUAGCAUGAUGUCAAGUUUAGCAGCUAAAGUACUUGAAAUUUUGCAGCUAAAUCAUUUAAGUCUUAGCUGAAUGUCGAGUCUUGAAGCUAAAACCUUUUAAUGCUAACUUAAAUGCUAGUGAAUUAAUAGCUGAAACAUUUUAAUUAAAGUUAACCUGAUGCUGAAUUGAGAAGCUAAAAAAUUAUUUGAAAGUCUACAAGCCACGACACAUCAACAUUAACCUAAACUUAGCAGCUAAAACAGUUUGAUUAUGAUUAGCUGAAUGCUAAGUUAACAGUGAAACAUUUUCAUCAAGGCUACCUUAAUGCUAUGUUUAUCAGCUAAGUUAGUUUAAUGUUGAUAUGAGCAACAAAAAAAAUGAAGGUUUACAGGCUUAGCUUAAUGUCAAGUGUAGCAGCUAUAGCGUUGAAGUUAGCAGGUAGAAUACUUUGAGUUUCGCAGCUAAAACAUGGUGAAGGUAACUGGAAGUUGAGUUUAGCAUCUAAAACACUUUAAUUUUAGUUUCAUCUCAAGAAUAGCAGCUAAAGUGCUUUGAGUUUAGUAGCUAAGACAAUUUAGUAUUGGUAGGAUGUCAAUAUUAGCAGCUAAAAUACUUGAAAUUUUGCAGCUAAAUCAUUUCAGUCUUAGCUUAAUGUCAAUUUUUGAAGCUAAAACCUUUUAAUGCUAGCUUAAAUGCUAGUGAAUUAGCAGCUGAAACAUUUUAAAGUUAGCCUGAUACCGAAUUGAGUUUAACAUCUAAAACACUUUAAUUUUAGUUUAAUUUGAAGAAUAGCAGCUAAAGUGCUUUGAGUUUAGCAUCUGAAAGACUUUAAUUUUAGUUUAACACUGAGCUUAGCAGCUAAAACGCUUUAGUUACUCUUUGCUAACUGAGUACUUUGGUUCAGUUUGACUAACAAAUUGACUUGAAUCCUGUCAGUACAGUUUAGCAACAGGUGAACUUCUGUUAGCGAAGUCUCCAACUUUUAAAAAAGUCACCGUGUAAUUAAUCUGAAAUUAUAAACUUUUCUCCUGAUGCCUGAAGACGUUUUGCUCCUUUGACUAAACUUCCUGCUGCCGGCGUGUCGAUGAAGCAGAGCGUAAAGCUGCAGAUCAGUUCAGUUUAAUCAUGUUUUUCUUCUCCUUCGUCUGGUGCGACAUUUUUUUUACAUCUGUUGCUGCAAAACUCCGAACAACAGAAGUUUACUGUUCGUGUCUUCCUGUUUUCCGUUCGUUCGUUCUCCAACUUUCGUUCCCAGAUAUGAAUAAUGAGGACAUCAAAUAUGCAAUACCUGCUUGCACUCACUUACUUUGUCUUUAUUGAGUUUUAUCUUUACUUUCAACCAAAGUUGGCGUGCACGUGACUGCCAUCGUGCUCCGUGGUCAGUCCCUAAAAAUGGUGAAACCCGGUGGCGACGCUCGGGUCUUUUCCUUCCUCCUGACUUCCUGUUUUGAUAAAAAAAAAACAAAAAAAAAACUACCAGACGGCCGCAAUACGACAUCCGGGUCUCUUUUCUAAAAGAUUUUAUAUUUGAUUUCUUUGGUCGCAAGCAAGCCUUAAACAAGUCCAACUUCUUCUCCAUCACACAGAAAAAAAACAGUCAGUGAGAACUUUUUUACUGCCGCCGAGGUUUCAGCGAAUCAAACGCGUCGUGUGUUGGCUGUGAUGGUCGAGUCGUUCCACUUGUGUGGGUUGUUUCCUCUUCGUGUUUGUUCUGUCUCUGUUCUUGCCUACCCUUUAGCCAUGAGUUGGGCAUUAAUUAUCUGCACUAAAUAUGAAGUAAAUAGUGAAAAAGUAUGAAAUUUAAAAAAAAAAAAAAAAAAAAAACAGCUUCCAGGGCUUAAAAAGAGUGAAGGGAAUAAAAAUAAUUGCACGGACAUUUUUUUAAAGUGUCACAAAAAAACUUGUGAAACAGCCUAGCAUCUAAUCAGCGACUUUCGGCUGUGUGUGUAAGAUAACAACAAAAUUGCACCCUUUUUAAAGACAGAAAAAAAGAAUAUAAAGCAAUAGUUUGGGCAGUGUGUUUUGUUCUUGUGUUGUGUGUGUAAUUUAGUUUGGUACAUCAGCGAAGCGACGCAGAGCAGAGUUAGCUGCUGACGGACGGAGAGCAGAGCAGCCUGACUGGGAGACGUGUUUGUAUGUUGUAUAGUUUUAUUAAUUACACUGAUUUUAAAGCUGCCCUAUUUUAUAAUGCAGGACUUUUGUAACAUUGAUUAAAUGAGGAAAAACUAGUGUUGUGAAUUUUCUGAUUGUUUGUAUCGAGGCCACAUUACUAGAACUGGUUUGGUUUGUUUUCUGGGAACUGGAUUUAAGUUGAAAACUUUCCUGUUUCCUAAUUUUCUUGAUUUUUCUUUAUUUGCUUUCCUUUUUGUAUGUAUUUAAGGACAUUUCCUCUGUUGAUGGUAUAGCAUAUUCCUGCACUUACACAGUCUAGGGCGCUGUGGUGAUAAGACCAUUGUAAAUGGAUGUUUCAGUAUGCUGUAUGUUUUUGAAGGUUCUUUGUUGCAUCAGUGUUGAUGAAGCUAAAUCUAGUAAUUCUGAGGAAAAUUGGAAAGAAAAGCGAACUUUUUUAUGCAUUUAAAAACUUUAGUUUUAGGCAGGAGACAAUGACAUAGCAGCCAAAGGAUGCCCCUACUAUAAAUGCAUCUCGGCAUCUUUUUUUGUGUUCACCAUUCCAUGCAGGAAAAUAAACAGCUUGAUUAUGCAACAUGA